AUGACGCAUGAGCCCAACCCAGCGUCCUCGCGCACGCACGCGCUGAGGCCGAGGCCGAGGUGGCCGUGGCCCCGCCGGACCCAUGGGGGCUGCUACUCCGCCUUCGCUUGCUCGCAGAAGCUACGCGACCACAUCUCCUUCGUCCUCCCUAUCACCGAGCGCGACCGCGAUGACCGCUCCAGCGACGGCGGCACCAGCUCCGCCGCGUCCGCCACGCCGUCCCCGUCCCCAUCCCCACGCAAGAACGACGCCGCCACCGAUGCCGGGCCGCUGGUGGUCCGGACCGCCACGGCCGAGUUCGCGCGCCGCUACGUGCUCGGCCGGGAGCUGGGGCGCGGUGAGUUCGGUGUCACGCGCCGCUGCCGGGACGCCGCCACGGGCGAGGCGCUCGCGUGCAAGACCAUCUGGAGGCACCGUCGGCUUUGCGGCGGCGGCGGCCCCGGCGUCCGCCGCCCGGGGGCCAGAGCUGGGAACGCUGCGGGUGUCGGUCCCCAUGGACUGGCCGGAGCGCCCCCGGCCUCAGCCGUGCAGCAGGACGCCGCGGCCGCGGCGCACGCGGCGGACGUGUAG